AUGGAAAGAGACUUUCGGUUGAAACCACCGGUGCUGCCUGGCAGCCGAAGAACCAGUCUUUGUUUCUGGGCUCCAGGCGGUGCAUGCUACCGUCGACAGCUUGAUGCAGCCUGCUAUCCACCUGGACGCGUCCGGAAGAUUGUGUGGGAGGGUUGCCGUUGUCUGACCAAUUGGGCCCUGGAGCUGGAUGACGGCUCGUUCGAGUCGCCGUCGCAAGUGGCGGGUCGCAACUGGAGAAACUGCGCUGGAGAAGCGCACUUGGAUGGAGACGAGUACAUACUCGGGAUGACGCAGUACGGUGGUGGAUACUGCAACUUCUACGGCGGCUGGGGUCGAAGGUUUGAUUUCUUCACCAACAAGCGUACAGUGAAUGUGAAGGCGCCAGGAAAGCCGCAGCUGCACGUCGCAUCUGAGAUCGCCCGACGAGCUGUGACGGUGAGCCGAACGAAGGAAGGCGGGAAGUUCUUCCUCUUCCACAAGUCAGAGUGGCUGAGCAUCUUCGGCCUGCUUCCGAGCCAGGCUCCAGUCAAGACUCGGGUGAAGCAACUUCGCCAGACCGAGAUCGUCUGGGAGGGAGAGGUGGUCGUCUGGGGCAACUCGAACGGCCUGCAUGGACGACGAUCGCACGAAGGUGAUCCUGGUCAGUGGCAGUUGAACGAUUUGCUUGUGCCUUUUGCCGGCCCGGAUGCUGGUGCAAUCGACUUUCUGCUCUCCAACAGGGCUUCUGCAGCUGUGGUGGGCAGCUUCCUGGCCGGUGUUGCGGAGAAGGACAUGAAGUCCUCGACGAAGGAAGGGGUGGUGAAUCUGGAAGAGAAGGUGCAGUUCUCCAUGCGCCUGCAGCCUGGCAAGCAGAUUCUCGGACCCUUUGUGGGCCCGGUGGCGGGGCUCUACCCCGAGGGCCGAGUCUCCCAGGUCGGUUUGGCGGAUGUUUGCUUUCCCGAACCUCCUGUUGCUUCCAGAAACGAAACAGCAGGAAACCAGUCGGAUGAAGUGCCUCAGGCGAAAUCUGUUCCGACACCCAGCUGCGGUGGCACCGGGGGUGGAGCUGCCUGCAAAUUCCCGUUUGAGUUCAAUGGAAAGACCUACGAGACCUGCACCAAAGAGGGUCACGAUCGGCCAUGGUGUUUCACUGUGGCAGGAGACAAUACGUGGGGAAACUGCGACUGCGCAGCAUCCCUCAUUUCUCUGGGAUCCGCCACAUCUACGUUGGUGGCAGCAAAGAAGACGGGAGGCAUGGCCGAAGGCAGUCCGACCGCAGAGGCUGCAGGGGCACGAGCUGUUAACGUGGGGCCAGGUGGGCUUAUCGAUACGAAGGCCUACGGCAAGCUGAGGUCCUUUGAUGGGAAGGAGGACAGCUGGGCCACGUGGAGCUUUGUGGCUAGGAGCUACUUCACCCUGCUUAGCCCCGACUUUGACGCUCUACUGGACGCGGUGGAAGCGCAGCCUUUGGGGGGCAUGCGGCUGGCGCGGCUCUCAAGCAACGGCCUGGUACACGCGAAGACGCUCUACCACAUCCUGGCGCAGAGUGUGGAGGGCAAGGCCUUGAGCAUCCUUAUGAAUGUCGAGAAGCAGAACGGCUUCGAGGGAUGGAAGGCCUUGGUGGAAGCUUAUCAGCCAGACCUGGGCGGGAGGCACACAAGCAUGCUGAUGGGGAUCAUCAGCCCAGCGUGGGAGAAGAGUGCCGAGGCCACGUUCCUGGAGGACCUAGAGAACUGGGAGGUGCUGAUCAGGCGCUACCAGGACCAGGCGACGGACGUGGUGACUUCGGCGACCAAGAUAGCGAUCCUCAUGAAGUAUGCCCCGGCCUCGCUCAGGAACGCUCUGCGGACGAAUGCUACGAAUAUGGGUACCGACUAUGACAAGGUGAAGAAGUUUAUUCGGGACUGGCUGCAGAGCGGGGUGACCUACGGAAGUGCCGGUGAGAUCAAGCCGGCCGGCCAGGCCAGCGACAAAGGGCCGGCCCCCAUGGACGUGGGCGCCGUCGGCUACGACAACAAGGGCAAGGCCAAAGGAAAGGACGGCAAAGGCAAGAAGGGCAAGAAGGGCGACAAGGGCGGCAAGCCGGGUCAGCCCGGGAAAUCCUCCGCGGCAACCUUCCAGGGCGAGUGUGGAGGCAAGACGACGGCGGCGGUGGAAAGCAGCCCGACGAGCCCAACGGGAACCGCGGCAGCCGUGUACUACGACAUCAGCGGCGGCGAGGCCGAGCACGAGGCAGAGGACGAGGAGGACGACGAGAUCCGGUGGGUCAUGGCCAUCAACGCCGGGUCCCUUGAGGAGCCCGACCAGAACCAGGACGACCAGCCGGAGCUUGUCCUCUACGACUCGGGGUCGGACGAGAACGUGUUCCCGUACCACUGGGGCACUGAUGCCUUUGACCAGGACAGCGAGAUCACGCUGAGGACGGUGGCCGGGGGCUUGCUCAGCCAGGGCCGCCAAAGGAGGUUGCAGUUCGAGGUGCUCACCGUGGAGGGCACCAUGGCCAAGGUCGAGGGCACGUUUCAGGUGAGCCGGAGCUGUGUGAAGCCGGUGGUGUCGGCGGGCAAGCUGCUGAAGAAGGGGUUCCACGCGCAGCUGACCAAGAGCGGGGGCUACGUGUGGCACCCGGGUGGCUUGCAUUUCGAGCUGACCGUGCGGGGCAACUCUACCUACUUUUGGGUGAGGAAUGUGAGGGCCGUGCCGGCCGAGGGCGCGAGCCAACCGUCUUCCCCGACCACCAGGUUCAGGACGGCAGCCCCGGUGGAACAAGGAGGCGACCCAGAUGAAUGGGAGCAAGCCGGCCAGGAACAUGGAGACGAGGCGGCCGAGGAGGAUGUGAUCCAGAUCGGCGGCGACGUGAACUUUGAGCGGCGGGGGAAAUCCAAACUGACCCCGUUCGACAAGGUGGAGAAGCUCAAGGCCCGGUUGAAAGAGCUGGGCAAGCCGAGGUAUGGAACCAAGGCCGAACUAUGGAGUCGGCUAGAGAAGGCCGAGAAGGAGCACAUGAAGACCCAGAGGCAGCACCAGGAACGGCAGAGGAAGUUGCGAGAAGGGGUGGCAGAGCCAGUGGAGGCCCCACCUGGGCCACAGGAGCCGACGCCGGAGCAGAGGGCGCAACAUGAGCUCACGCACCUUCCUCCAGAGCCGUGGUGCGAGCAUUGCAUCAAGGGGCGUGCCAUUGACACGGCGCACCGGCAAGUGCCCUUGGAGCUCAAGGCGACCAAUCCAAGGGUGGAGGUGGACUAUUCCUUCAUUAAGGUCGACGGCACCGCGGCGGAGAUGGAUGAGUCCACCGAGGUUAUCCUCAGUGCCUGGGACGAGGCCACGGGGAUGGCAACAGCAGCCUGCCUCCCUAGCAAGAACUACGACCCGGACUAUGUGAGCCGAUGGCUGGCCGAGUUCGUGGCGAGUCUGGGGCACACAAGGGUGGUGAUAAGGACCGACGGCGAGCCGGCGGUGCAGGCGAUCUCCAAGAGGCUCCUGGACACUUUCCGCAAAGACUUGGUGGUGGGAGUCCGGGGGGUCAAGGCCACGGCGGAGACAGCACCAAGGUACUCCUCGCAGAGCAUGGGUGGCGUGGGGGCUUUCCAGAGGACCCUCAAGACCGACAUCCUGACAAUGCGCUACGACCUGGAGGCCCGCUACGCGACCAAGGACGCCUUUGACACCGCCUACACCGGGGAAGUCCUGCCUUUCGGGGAGACCGCCAUGUUCAGGACGCCCAUCAGCAAGACCGGGGCCGUGCAGGGACGCAAGCGGCAGCUGAAGGGCGACAGCUUGUGGAGGCAGGGCAUCUUCUUGGGCAAGAGCGUGGCUUCCAACGAGUUCCUCUUCGGCACCGAGGACGGAGUUUACUCGGGGCGUGGGGUCCGAAGGCUGGCCGCGGCACAGAGGGCAAACAAGGAGCUGUUCGACAAGUUCGUGGGUUUGCCAUGGGACGUCAAGACCACCCUCAAGGGGCCAAGGAGGCUGGCGACCUCACGUGGAGGAGCAGAAGCACAGCCACCGAUGGCCAUGGAAGGGGCGAGCGCGCCGGAGACACCCGCCAUGGACAUUCCAGCAACGCCGGGGGCAACCAACGCGGCACCAAGCACCCCGAAGGCACUUCUGGGAGAAGCUCGGGCCGAGAAGCCCAAGAAGAGGCGCACAAUGGAGGAGGAAGCCCGGGACCACCUAGCCGAGCGGGAUGCCGAGGACGCGAACAUUGCGGCGAGAUCGGGCUCUAGUGCUUCGGGGCAAGGCGGGGCGGCCGAGCCCGGCAUGGAGGUGGAGCACAGCCAACAGCGAAAACGGGCACCAGGGCAACCGGAAGCAGAGCCAAAGCGACUCAAGAUCGGGGGCACCGUGGCGGCAACUCUCUACAAGCCCCAGGAGGAGCUGGACACCUACGAGCAGUAUGAGCAGGCCUGGUGGGAUGCCGAGGGCGACAACGGCGAGGGCGACAAAGAAAUCCUCGACUUCAACACCCGCAUCCCGGAGGUCACCGCCGGCAAGAUGGCAGAGCUGGCAAAGAUGGACAAGUACGACACAUAUGAGCCAAGGCCUUUGGAAGAGGCCAAGGGCAAGAAGAUCCUCGACAGCACCUGGGUCAUCACAGAGAAGCCCAAUCGUACGGUGAAGUGCAGGUUCUGCUCGUGGGACCUGAACAGCAAGAGCGUCCGCACUGAUGUGUUUGCGGUGGCUUCCUCGCAGGCGACCUCUCGGAUCAUCGAUUCGAUUGGGGUCAAGAAAGGCUAUGUGUUCUUUACCUUGGACGCGGAGAACGCUUUUUGGCAGGUGCCCAUAGACGAGGGAGAGGGCCUCGAGGAAUUCCACAACCUCCUUCUCGGGGCCUGUGCCGUGGAAGUCGUCCAUAUGGACCUCCAUGCUGAUCUCCUUGGGCCCGUGGUGAAAGAACCAAGGUGCCACCACCGACCUGUCGAAGCCCUCGCUCCCUGCUUGCAGGGCUGCCCAAUCCACGAACUUUUGCCCAGCCACGCGGCGGCCGUACCAUUCCUUCUUCAGCUUCCAGAUCACCCUGGUGCUCAAGCCUUGUUUUCGCCGCUCCUCCAGCCACUCGUCGAGCACCUCAGGCGACUGCGGACCAUAAGCCACCAGGGCAUGUUCGUGCAGCCGAACCCCAAGUACUUGCAAAGCAUGCUGAAGGCCCUGGGGCUGGAGCAGGCCAACCCGGCACCCACACCCGAGGUGACAACCCAGACGCCAGAUGAGGAGCAGUUCCUGGAUGAGAGCAUGGCCAAGGUGUUUCGGUCGUGCGUGGGGAAGGCUCUAUACCUUUCCUUUGACCGGCCAGACAUCCAGCACGCCGUCCGGGAGCUGACCAAGGAGAUGAAGGCGCCAACGGCCACGGGCAUGAAUGCACUGAGGCGCUUGGCGAGAUAUGUCAAGGGCACGGCGGGCUAUGGAGUAUGGCUGCCGGCCGGAGGCGACACAGACUCACUACAGGUGGCCUCGGACACGGACUGGGCGAGCUGCAAGAAGACACGCAAGAGUUGCGCCGGCGGUGUUUUCAUGUGGGGCGGUUGCCUCAUUGGGUCAUACAGCCGGGGACUCUCGAUGAUCUGCUUGAGCAGUGGGGAGGCGGAGUUCAAUGGUGGCGUCAUUGCCACCUCCGAGGGCAUUUUUUGCAAAGAGGUCCUCGACUUCUUCCGCAUCCCGGUGGUCCUUAAAAUUUAUUUGGACAGCAGUGCCGCAAGGGGGGUCUUUCAACGUGAAGGCGUAGGAGCGGAUGCCGUGGAUACCCAAAACAACGCGGCAGAUAUCCACACAAAGGCCAUGGGCACCGAACGCUUUGUCAUGCUCAGAACCAUGCUGGGCGUGAUCGACAACGUGCCAGGGCAGGCGGAGAUGCGAGCAGAGGUCGCGAAGAACAUGUUCAACAGCAUCAAGAAGAGCGUUGGGGCGAUGAACGCCAAGAAGAUGGCUGCGGCUAUCAUGGCAACGCAGCUGCCAACAGUACAGGCGACCGAGCUUGUGACAACAGGAGGCCAGUUGGAGGUGACGGCGCAGGGGGGCGGAUACAUGACAAUGGUGCUGGCAGCGCUGGCCGUGAUGAUUGCCACGGUCUUUUGGUUCUGCAGGUGCACCGGGCCCAACAAGACCAUGCGAGACACCGCCACCCAGACAGCGGCCCAGGAGCUCAGCGCGUGCAUCCCCAACCGGAAGCUGCAGGAUAUGUAUGUGACCGGACAAGGCGAACGAGUUCACUUCGACGACGAUUGCCCGUACAUUCGGGGGCACCAACGCAGGCUGAAGCACCCUUGCAGCAGGUGCAUGAACGCAGCCACGGAGCUGUGGGUGGGGGGUGAUGCGGUUUUUUGCACAGACAAGUAUCGAGACACACCGUUGCAGCCCUUCAAGGUUCGAGUAAAAGAAGGGUCACUUGCGAAUAUUGGCCCGAACUACUUUACGGAUCUAGCCAAGUCUACUGGUGGCAAGUCCUUCGAGUAUGCUCUGCUGACAACCUCGACCAGGAGCGCUGAUUCCGGCUACAGCAGCUGCUGGGACAUUGGUGAACUCCAGUUCUUCUCGGACCGCAUGUGCCGGAACCAGAUAACAGUGAACUCGAGAUCCAUCUCUGUCAGCACUUACGAGGACGGCCUCCAAAGCCACGAAUACCAGGAGAUCUCCAAAGACAUGCUCUGCCGAGCAGGGGCAGAUGGGCAGUGGUACCUGGGAGGCCGAAGAUCAGCCAGAGGAGGACUUUACGACAGCCUGGAUGCUUGCAAGGAUCUCUGCACCACUGAGAGGAGCUGCACAUUUUUCGGACAUCGAGCAAAGGAUGGCAGAUGUGAGUUCUUUACGGCCUUCGGUGACUGCGAGAACAAGAUGGGAGGAGCACCGGGCUUCGCCAUGUACAAGAAGUUGAAACCCCUUCAGACAGCCACGGCGCACGAGGUCAGCUGUGCGAAGAUGGCACUGUUACCCGUCAAGAAGGGCUCCAUGGAAGCCAGGUGCCGAAGCGGGAACGAUCUUGGUGACGGCUUUGAGUACAUCUUCAACGUGGGUGCAGGCACUUCUGCUGCGGACUGCGGCGAAGUGGCUCGCAUGCAGUGGACCAGGUCCCAAGGUGAGGCGUCUACCUGUGAGUGUUGCAUGCGCCCGAAAAAAGCAGAGGAUGGGCCUUGGCCGGUGGCCUCGAAGAGCAACACACGCUGCAAAGUCUUUGACGUGACAGCGAAGGUCGCUGUCAACAAUGUGGGGGAGUGUCAGGGCAAGGCCGUCGAUGCCGGGCACGCCUUUUUCUCCCUAUUCGAUGUCGGCGGCCCAAGCGGCCGGAAGGAGUGUUUGACCUCCGCGACCUGCACUUUGGUCCAGGAGGCACGCGGCUGGCGAGUCUACGGCCGGCAUCCAGCGGGACAGCAAGAAGCCUUCGGCCGUGGGAGCGCUGCACUGGGCAUCGCACAAGGUGUGUCAGAAUGGACAGAGAUUGCAGAGCCGAGCCUGGCUAUCUCCAAGCUGGUCGAUGGCCUCGAUGUGACGCCCCUGCGUGCCUGGGGCCGGCAAGCCGUGUGGGUGCGAGCCGUGCCCGGCGAAGUGGGCUGCAUCAAGGUCUUCCAGAGCGCGGCAGAGUUCUCUGGCUGCCGUCCCUCUGCCGCGGUGCAGGUGAAGCGCCGCGCGGGGCCAGGUGCUGCGUGGAUGCGCUUGGCUACAGCAGUUUGGCCGAGCACCUCACCAAGCUGGAUACGAAUUGGCCUCGCAGAAUCCCGGUGCGUGGGGACCAAGAACAGGGAGCUGCCUCGCGGCUUCUCGGCUCCCUCGAAGGUUCCUGUUCUGGCACCACUUUCCAUCGCUGACAUCUUCCGGGGCGCUGCCGCAGGGGAUUGGGGCCCUGCAGCAGAAGGCAAGCAUUUCAUUGCCGUCACCACAUACCCGAAGAAGGACGGCUCGCAGGGAUUGCGCGUUCUCUUCGGCGACAGGUAUCCCCAGACGGCACCGGCGGUGAACCUUCCGCCGUCAGACUGCCAGUUUGGUGGAGGUUUUGGCACCGGCUCGAUGCCUCUGCUGCAGGCCAGGAAGACGAGGCAGGUGAGCUGGCCCGGAGCUACCUGGAAGAUCUACGAGGGACCGAUGACGGUCUCGAUCGACUUCGGGCACAGCGAUGAGAAUGUGAAAUGUGUAGACCCUGACGAGGUGGGUGCGGCUCUGGGCUGGAGACAGAUACUUGUCGCCGCAUUGAAAAGCAUUAGUUGCAGGCUGCGGCAUGUGAUGCGGAGGUGCGGAGGGUGCUGCAAGUUGAAGUGCCGUGCUUCCUUGUCUCGUCUCGCUGUGUUGUUCGCACGAAAACCACCAUCUGCCUGGACAUUUUUUUCAGGGCUACGUGUUUCACGUGCUGCUUCGGGUGUUGGAAAGAGCUUCGUGGUCUUGCUGGCCAGUUCCGGCUGA